AUACAAAUUACUCAAAUAAACAUGGCUGAAUUUCAAAAUGGCGCUCGUAAAAGAAGAAAGAAAAAUAUAGCGUUUACCACUACAUUAUAAAGGAGAAAGCAUGUCGCAACUGAAUAGAAAACCUGUUCACAUUCCUAAGACGAAGUUUAAUCCUUCGCGAGUUGAAAUUAGGCAAAAUUCAGACGAGAAAAGGCCGAUUAGGGCAAACGUAAGAGUUAUUUCGGGACACUCUAAGUCAAAUGGAAAACCGUGGGAAAACAUGUCAAUGGUUGGAGCUCUGCCACCUUUGGCUACCACAGUUACGUCAGUCAAUCAGGCUUAUGAGUUACAGAGCACUCGAAAGAUGGAUACAGGUGAAACUGGUGGUAACCUUACAUCCUCUGAUUGGUUGGGAAAACAUAGCCUAGAGUCUGAAAGACUGACAGUUGAAGACCUUAUGAAACAAGGGAUACUCAUCAGACCUCCUACAGGAUACCCAGACAACACACCUCAUUUGAAGUUUGAGGCAAGAGCUAUAACCCAGUUUGAAUUCAAACUAGCAAGAGUUAUUGAAGAAUGCCAAAAACGUAUAAACUGGCUCACAGAGGGGAGUCGAAAGAUAUUUGGUUUGUUGAAAGGACAGAGGGUUGCGAUUCUUGUAGAUAUGUCUGAUGCAAACUGUAGAUAUGGUAGACUUGAGCUUUUACAACAAUCACUACAGGGGCUAGUCAAUGAGCAAUUGGUUAACAAAGACCAGUUAUACUUGCUGUCUUUUGGCUCAAGGGUUGAACCACUUUGGGAGACGACUCAUGAUGUGAACUGUAGAAUAAUGAACGAAGUACGGAAUUGGGUGAAUACAUUGCAUCCCUCAGGAGGAUGUAAUUUGCUUGGAGCAAUAAGACAACUGGUUAAAUGGAAGAAUAUUGAUUCAGUUGUCGUUGUCCUUGGGAGCAGUCCUGAUCAAAAGUCAGAAUUAAUAUGUCAAUAUGUCAGGCAGUCCUUGGCCGGUAGACAGUUGCCAUUUCACACUAUUGCAUACAACUGUCUUGCAUCUAACAAUGAUGUUUUUCUAGAAGAACUGGCCACUAUGACUGGUGGACGUUAUCAUUGUUAUUCAUCUUCUUCUAACGAGAAGAUUUUCACCGGGACUGAUUUACAGCUUCUUACUCAUGAAAUUGAAAGAGCUGAGAAAACAAUGAGAAUCAUCAGUGAAAUGAGAAACGGACGGUUGGAAAACAAGUUAAUCACAAUUGUCAACGAUAAGCCCAAGGUUGCAAUGGAGAUCCUACCCGUGCCAGACGGUACUAUUGUCCAGCGCAAUAAGUCUUCUGAGUAUACGUUGAACGUGGAGAACCCGUCGUUCCCUGCAAGGACGUCUUUGGAUUGGCUAAAACAACACGGUUUAAAAGCGAGAGGUCUCAAUCUUUACCAAGUCCUCGCUCCCAACGCGUAUUCCUACGUCAAGGGUUAUGUCUCGACAAUCAACAAGGAUGUGAAGUCAAAAGUUUAUAAAAAGAGCAUGGCGCAGUUUCCUUGGCACGAUGGCUCAAUUAAGAACGUCCAUGUUGAUCCGACACUGCUGUUUGUUUACCAAGAACAACUGGACUCGACAGUUCAACAUUAUUUGAGAAGGAUUGAUUGGUUGUCGACCGGGUGUCAACAGAUAUUUGGGACUCUCGUUGAACAGAGGGUAAUCAUCAUCGUCGAUAUUUCUGUGUCAACCAGACCGUGUUUCAAUGUUCUCAAGAAAGAUUUGAAAGUACUUUUCGAGCAACAAAUGGCGAACAAGAAGCAUUACAAUGUCAUUUGUUAUGGAAGUUCUGGUGAAAUGUUUCGUCCAUCAAUGGUGAAUCCUUCGCCGGAAUAUCUCCAGGCCAGCUGGAGGUGGUUACUUCAGAAGAGUUGUAACGGAAGCAGGAACGUCCUUGAAGCUUUUAGAAUGGCCGUUGAGAACAACGAGGAUAUCACGAAUAACACAGAAGUGGAAGGCAUUUAUCUUAUUUCAACUGGACCACCAGAUUCCCCAGAGGAUCUGAUUUGCUCAUUCAUCAAAGAAUCUUUGUCUGGUAAAGACGUAACUCUGAACACAAUCUACUAUGAAGAUGAGAUUGACAGUAGUUGCUAUUUGCCCGGACGAUCCGCGACCCCUGUAGAGACCGCUGAAUGCUUGAAAAAGAUGGCUCAUGCAGGCAGGGGGAGGUUUCAUUGGUACAAAAUUGGGGCUGGUAUUAUGGAGAGCGAUGAUGUGACUGUUAUCAACGGAGAGUUAAACAAAGCCUACAAUUAUUCCCAAAACACGGCCAUGCUGCUGGAUUCUGUGAAGAGAAACAGAUACCCUGAAGAAAAGGAGGACCCUGCAUUGGAAGAUCAGAAAGCUUUGGUUCCAGCACCACCUCAAGAAAAACCAAAGCCUUUACCUCCUCCGAAACAAACGGCCUUGUCCCAAGCCAGGCUGAAUGGUAUUCGUAGUCGACCGUCGACAGCGAACGGGCAUAUCUCCAGAUCAUCUAAAAAGGAAAAAAAGAAACAGCGAACAAAAAGUGCAGUGUGUUCGUCGCAAGACGUCUCCGUGAAACCACUUUGCUGGAAACCAAAUUCCAAGAACAGCAGCACCGGUCUUAUUCCUGAUAUAUCCCGCACAGGGAGUAAAGAAAGAGAAACGCCGAGCGCUCAGAGACAAGUAUUUUACACAGAAAUUGGAAAUAGCGUUGGUGCAAUAUUGAAAGAUUAUCCCAGUCUGGUCGAAGAUAAGAAAAGCAUUCGGAGACCGAUCAAAGAAGCGUAUAUUCCUGAGAAAGAUGAAAAUAUUUCCACGCGAGAGUGGAUGAGAAAAUACAGCAUAGCUAAGCUGAAGUUAGAUUUGAAUCAGCUUGCUGGCGGUGCUGAAUGUUCACAUUCUAAGAGUAAAGUAUCUUCUCUACACAAGACAGUCCCAGCAAGAUAUUGUGAUAUCUUUCCAACGGUCAAAAUGAAGGGUGUGAUGAAGCAUCUUCAUUUGACGCCACGUGAACUUGAGGAAUAUGAAGAAGAGAUUGAGAAAGUCAUGAAGAGAUAUGUAAAGAGACUCCAGUGGUUAAUGAGUGGAAGUAGAAGAAUAUUUGGAACUGUUAUCGAGAAGAAGGUUGUUAUUUUGGUCGAUACUUCGUAUUCAAUGGCAAGAAGUCUUCCUGAGAUUCAGACGCAGCUCAUUGGCCUCAUUUGGGAGCAACUGAGGGAACUUAAUAUCAUGUUUAAUCUCGUCAAGUUUUCGAAUGAACCAACAUUAUGGCGUCCAAGUCUUGUCGCGCCUUCUGAGGAAAACUGCGAGGAUGCUGUGGAAUGGAUUAAAACAUUUCAAGCUUUCGGCAGUGCGAGUACCGUCCAGGCAAUGCAGGCAGCUUUCCAAGAUCCUGGUAUCGAAGGAAUCUAUCUUGUUACUGAUGGUAAACCUGACACAAGCACUACGAUGGUUCUACGCGAACUGGCAAAACUAAACAACGCAAGACAAGUCCGGGUUCAUACAAUAUCAUUUAACUGCGAUGACAGUUCUGCAAACAAAUUUCUUCAAUUGAUGGCGGGUCAGUCGGGAGGAAGAUUUCAUCGAAGUCAGUCUGAGGCUGCUGGUCAUUUGCUCGCCCACAGAUUAUUAACUGAAAAAGUUCGUUCAGAUGAGGCUCUCACAAUACCAGUUUUUGAUGGGGAUGACCUCCGUCGUUUGGGAAGUGAAAUCACACUGUGCAGGAAAUUUCUGCUUCAAGCAAGAUCAUUCAGGACUCUGCUUCACGAAUAUGCCAAAAGUGGUCAGGAAACAAAAAUACAAAAUUCAAAACAGUAUUUACAAACUGGAAGUUCAAACACAUCCAAAAUCUCACUGGGGAAUCCAACAACAGGCGAAAUAUUAGCAAACUAAGUUGUUUGUGGUAUUCGUUUAAUGCUGUCUCUCUGCGGUCAAGGAGAACUGUUUUACCAAGCAGGGCUGGCCUGGAUCAGUAAAGAUUGCAGAGAGCCAGGCUUUCUAUUUUGUCCACCCAACUGAUGAGUAAACCAAGUUUCAGAUAAGACGAAACCUCUCAAUACGCCAUUACGUUCCCUCUGCUUUUGCGGGCGAAGCAGCUUUUCAUGCUGGCGUGACUAACUUCAAAAACAAAGCUUCUGUCAUUGGAGGAUUACCUUUUUACAACCGUCCUUAGUUUUAAUGAAAAAGUUGAUCAAGCACUCUUAUCUAAUAAACCUUGUAAAAUAUCGGUUGACUUGUAAAGCUGUACUAUAGAAAUAUAUCUGUGUAGAACGUUUUUGUAAUUAUAA